AUCUUUCAUUUAAAAUUAAAAUGUUAAUUUUAUAAUUUAGAUUAGAUCUCUAAUUAUUAAUAUAAAAAUAAGAGUUAGUGUCUGUCAAGCUUUCCCAAAUUCUCGAAGGCUCCGUCUUCCCCAUUCUCAAUUGAUGCUCUCUGCUGCUCUUUCUGCCCGAUCAAGAGGAGAAGCAGAAAGUAAACAAUUGAUUUUCUAGAUAAGGGAACAACAGGUUUCUCCAACAAUCAUCUCAUCAAGGAUGGCCGUUAGCUGAUGCAUUACCAGAAGUCGCAGUUCAAACGUUUGAUAAGCUCCACGUUCCUGCCCCUGCAAGUUCUGGUGAUUUCAAUCGUGUGCUCAUUCAAGCUGGAUCGAGUGGAAUAGAUGCAGGAAUGCUUGGUGAUAAAAAUAAAAGAACCCUGAAGAAUUUACCAGUUGACAAGCAAAUAUUAGCUCCUAUAGGAGGAAAGCAAAUGAAAGAUUCUGGGAAGCAAAUUGCAGUGCAGGAGCAAGCGAACCAGCUGAGAUUGCAGUCUUCAAAUAAGAGUGGCAGAAAGAGGAAAACUUCAUUGAUUUCUCUGGCAGCUGUUGGGAAAGAGAAAGCUACUAUAGAUCAUAUUAUGAAUGGCAGUAGCGACAGCUACUUAUCCCGGGGAGAUGCUGGUCUGAUUGCUGCAAGUAAUUCACUCGCUGCAUUGAGGAAAAGUAUUGCUGCUUCCAUUGAAUCUGACCGGAAAGGCAUCACUAUUAAAGAGAUUGGAAGCCUUCACGCAACAAAGAGCAAGCUCCUAUGUUGCCACUUCCAUUCACAAGGAAAAUUGUUAGCUACUGCUGGUCACGAGAGGAAGGUUGUAAUUUGGGACGUGGAACAUAGUGAUGUUAAAUGUGGAGAAGGUCAUGCUCAUCUCAUUACAGAUAUCCGUUUUAGACCAAACUCAAUGAUGUUUGCAACAUCCUCUUUUGACAGAACUGUGAUGUUAUGGGAUGCAGCCAAGCCAAGCAACCCUUUCAAAAGCCUUGUCGGGCACGCUGAGCAUGUGAUGUCCACAGAUUUUCAUCCAACAAAGGCCGGUCUCCUCAGCUCUUGUGAUAGCAAUGAUGAGAUUAGACUGUGGGAUGUCGACGAGGGCGAUUGCAAACUCAUUUUUAAGGGAGGUAGUAGACAAGUUAGAUUUCAACCUCGAUUUGGGAACUUAUUGGCAAGUUCUACAGGAAAUGUUAUAAAUAUAUUUGAUGUGGAGACUAACAGCAUCCAACAAAAGUUCGAAGGUCAUGUCAGAGAUGUCCGUUCAAUCUGUUGGGAUAUGAGUGGGAAUUUCCUGGCAUCCGUGAGCGAGGAUAGUGCACGGAUAUGGUGUGUUAGCGGGGGAAAGUGUUUACAUGAACUUUGCUCCAGUGGCAAUAAGUUCCAGUCAUGCACUUUCCACCCUGACCGCGCUCAACUCUUGGCGAUUGGUUCUCAUGAGUUACUGGAGCUGUGGAAUCCAAUGUACCAGAGCCACAGAACUUGGCCACACCAAGCACAUGAUGAUAUAAUUUCUUCAUUUGCAGAUUCACCUCCGACAGGAACCAUAGCCUCAGUGAGUCAUGACCAGUAUAUCAAGAUAUGGCAGUGAUGCUUUGUUGCAUGCCAGUUUCUAUGCUUCUUGGUUUAAGACUUUUACUUGGGACAAAGCAAGAAAACAUUAUUCUUGAUUUUGAUGAGGGAUACAACUAUUUACCUGGAAUGAGUUAUUUGAAUGGCUGUAUCAGCACAGAAACAGUCACAAACUUUGUUUCAUAGUUUCAGACUCUAGUUAA